AGUCGGGUGCCACGCGAGUGUCAGUUUUUAAUUGUAAGCUGCUGGACGGUUGUCUGUAACUGUCGGCAGUCAGCUCGAAUGUGUCCAAAUGGCAGCGCCUGCUGGUUCCAAGGUUUGCGAGAAAUUUUAAAGACGAUCACCUUACAGGGGGCGGAGGGGCAGGAAGAAGCUGCCAUUUUUGCAGAGCAUUGUGAUAGAUGAGGCUGAGCAGACUUGCCAGGCUGACAUGAAUACUGAGGAGAUCAGGACUGUGAAUAUCAAGGAAGAGGAUUGUGAGUGGGAGUCUGUCCACACAGCACAAGAGUGUCUGAGCAUUAAGAGAGAGGAUUAUGAACUGGAGUCAGUGGUUGUUAAAGAAGAGGCUGAGGAGAAAUCUUUCAUCGUUGUGAAGCGUGAGUCGUUUGGAUCAGACAAAGAAACAAUCGAGGAAAUCCCAUCAAGGAAUCUACCAGCAGAUAAACAAUCGGCUGUCAGUCAUUCUGGACAAAAUGUACAAGGCAAUAGAAGCUUCUUGUCUUUGUCUGCACAGACCUCCCUUCAGAGCCCACCGCAACAGACACCCCGUAAAGAAAAUGUAAAGAAAUGGACUUCGAUAUCAGGAAUUCUGGUUCCGGCCUCUUUGGAGGUUUUGAAACGGGCAAGUUUAGAUACUGAUCACACUCGGCCACAGAUGCAAAAUACAAAUUCAGUGGAUUUGUGGGUCCACCAAAAGGAGGGGAAACGGUCGGAUCACAAGUCUACAUACACAGAGGAACAGUCGAGUCAAAUGGGAGAGAAGCCGUACUGUUGUUCAGAAUGUGGCAAGCGAUUCUCUUAUAGUAGUCGUCUCCAGAUCCACACCAGAAUUCACACUGGAGAGAAGCCAUUUUGGUGUUCUGAGUGUGGCAAACAGUUUUCUUUCAAAAGCAAUCUUCAUAGUCAUAAAAGAAUUCACACUGGAGCAAAGCCUUAUUGCUGUUCUGAAUGUGGCAAACAAUUCUCCUCCAGUAGCUGUCUUCAGAACCACACAAGAAUUCACAGUGGAGAAAAGCCAUUUUGCUGUUCUGAAUGUGGCAGGCAAUUUUCAAGGAGGAGCAGCCUUCAGAGACACAAAAUUAUUCACACUGGAGAAAAACCAUAUUGCUGCACUGAGUGUGGGAAACGAUUCUCCCAGAGUAGCUCAUUUCAGACCCAUGUAAGGCUUCACACCGGACAGAGGAAACAUUGCUGUUUUCAAUGUGGCAAACAAUUCUUUGACUGGAGCAGUCUUUCAAAACACACUAGAAUUCACACCGGAGAGAAGCCACAUUGCUGUACCGAAUGUGGAAAACGAUUCUCUGAGCGGAGCAGUCUGCUGACUCACAUUAGAACUCACACUGGGGAAAAGCCAUAUCACUGUUCUGACUGUGGAAAACAAUUCUCACAAAUUAGCAAUCUUCAAACUCACAGAAGAGUUCACACUGGGGAGAAACCGUAUGGUUGCUCUGCCUGUGGGAAACAAUACUCACGAAUGAGCAAUCUUCAGCUCCACAAAAGAAUUCACACUGAAGAAAAAGGGGAAUAAGUAAACAGGUGAGGGCAAUACUAAUAAUAUACUCAAGUUUUAAUGAGAACCUUCAUGUGCUGGGAGUUUGUUGUAUGAGAUUCCUACAAAAUCUGUUAAAUACAAAAUUACUGUCAUAUUGUGAAAAGGA